GCUUGAGCUUGAGCACGGAGGUAUUUUCUCUGUCACGGCUCACAUUGUAGAGGCACAAUGAGGGCUCUUGCAUCUUCGACUCUUCCACACAAGGAUCGCCAUUAAAUGGUGAUACCGUAUCUCUGGGUGUCAAUCAAGACAUCGAGACAGAGAUCAUAUCACGCUAUUUGAAAUUCUGUCGCAAGUUCUUUCAGAACUACCUGUAAGAUAGAUCUCAACAACCGGUAUGCCAUUGAAAUAAUGCGCGGAACUAGAAUCGACAACACAAGUCAAUAUCCAUCGGUCAUUGCGCGGAUGGAAGGUUGAUCCCAUCAUACCAUUUUGAGUGCUCCCGGAUGCCGCUCGGUUGUGUCAUAGGUCGACCAUCUUCACGACGCAUGAAACGAGUUCAAACUGCAGCUCGACGGUCGUCUGCAUUCAAAUUCUCGAGGCCGUCAUUUAGAAGUCGUACGCCUAUAGACUCCGUGAUCCGUAACUCGAGUCGCUGGGUGACUUCGUCAGCGCUGGCAACGCAACUUCACUCGCCACAAGAAAGCUGCGACUGGUAUCUUCCUGGUUCAGAGAUCCACCUACAAUUCCAAGCUCAAGACUCCACAACAUUUCGACCUCUUGUUGCUAAAAUCAUCAAACGCCUGGAGCCUUUCACUUCCUCCGUUGUUCUUCUAAUUCAAAACGUUUCCGACAGCAAACAAUUCAUACUAAAACUAAAUGACCGUAGACAGGGACAUCGUCACAGCCUCACCAUGGCGGUUGGCGAACUCCCAUGGACUCCAGGUCUUGAAGAGCGUCUACGGGCAGCCGUACGAGAUAUACAAUUCGGGACGACAACGGACUGGUUCGAACUCGUUAAGGAUAAUAGGAACCCGGCACAACCCAAUCCUAAAGACUGGAAGGACUGGAUGUGGGAGAUAUCGACAUGGACUUCGAGAAUGGAAGAACAUCAAACAGAAGUGGAGGCGUAUCGGCUACUGCGCCGACUGCAAGGCUCUCUCAUUCCCUGCUUCUACGGUCUCGUUCAUCUCCCUAUCGCUUCCUCCCAGCCUCUUCACCCCAUCACAGAUUACAUCCCCGGCAUCGUCAUUGAGUACAUCCGAGGCAUAGGCAUGGGCUCACUCCGACCCGGUGUUGAUAUCCCUCGACCAGAGGCAGAAGCGAUUGCUGGCCGUGUCAUGGACGCUUUCCGCACAAUAAAGGCGGAAAAGUGUGUGAUGCACAAUGAUAUACACAUCGACAAUAUUCUUCUGCGCGACUCGGAUAGAUCUCCUGUCCUGAUUGACUUUGGCUGGGCCCUGACGUGGGAACCCGGGAUGAGCGAUGAGGAAUGGGAAGAUUCCGUUACAGGUAGUCAGGAUACACGCUUUGUGUGUAGGGUACUUAUGAGUAAGGACCAUGGGGCGUGGAGAAGGAAGGAAACGCCGCUGCCGAUUCGGUAUUAUUCUCCGCUGUCAUGGAACGAAUAUGUGGAGAACCAGCCUGAAGAUUACCGCAGACAGGCGUUCGGGAGGGUUGCGGGGACGGAUUGGGAAGGUGCUAGAGAGAAGGUGUUACAAUGGCGCGUUAGACCAGGUGUUUGUUUCAGGGAUGAUUGAUCUCUUGAGAUUCAUCGAGUUGAGAUGAAGGCUAGCACGGCCGGCUGACGUUCUUUCAUCUUCGAAGAAAUAAAUGGUUCAUCACCACAGUCAGACAUCCGGCAGACACCAGACGAAAGUCAAGAGCAAAUGACAAAGACACAUAAGACGUCUGCAAUUUGCCAAGAUAAUCUAGGAGCUUUUGGAGGGUAG